CUUGCUCUCUGCCGCGGUUGCGCAGUGCGUUUAUUAAUGCGGAUCAGAUGUGCAGCGGAAUUCUUUAUUAAACCGAACCUCGUGGUUGUGUACAGACAAUGUUUUCAAGAAGACAUAUGAAAGUUUCGUGUUUUUAGAUUUUUUGUUAUGAAGAUAAAACCUAUUUAUACAUAAUGUAUCAGACUAUUUGAAGCAUUAUAAGUAUAUUAAAAUAUAUUUAAUAAUUCAAAUGCAUUCCGAAACCAGAAAUGAAAUGGAUUUUGGCAGUUUCGAAGCGAACUAUAUUUAUUUAUUUCAUAUUGUUAUUUCUAUUAUAUUUAUUUUAUGUUUUGAAUACUUUUUCAGUUGACGAAAAUAUGUUUACAUUCAAAUAUCUAACAUUGAAGCGUCAUGUUUCUAACUACAACUAUGUAACACGCCGUUUUGCCGCGCUUCUGGGAUAUAAUUUUAAAGACAAGUAUAUGACAUUAAGGAAACCGAACCUGGUUCCAACGAAGAGACUGCCGGAUGCCUUGAUUAUAGGUGUUAAGAAAUGUGGAACGAGAGCGCUUUUGGAAUUUUUAAGAUUGCAUCCAGACGUAAGGGCUGCCGGAUCCGAGGUUCAUUUUUUCGACAAAUUUUAUCAUAAGGGAUUCGAAUGGUACAGGAACAGAAUGCCACCAACUCUCGAGGGUCAGAUUACUAUGGAGAAGACACCUUCUUAUUGGGUAACACGAUCGGCCCCGAAGCGUGUCUUCGCUAUGAAUCCAGCCGUCAAACUAUUGGCCGUAGUCAGAGAUCCUGUCACUAGAGCUAUAAGUGACUACACCCAGUCCGCAAGUAAGAGACCGAGCCUGCCUCGUUUUGAGGAGUUGGCGCUGAUGGAUAGCCCGUGGGGUUCCGUUGUGGACACCUGGCCGCCCGUCAGACUGGGAAUAUACGCCAGACCUCUGAGACGCUGGCUGAGAAGGUUCCCAAGGUCCAGGAUACUUAUUAUCAGCGGAGAGAGACUCGUUGUGGACCCCGCCGCUGAAAUGACUAGGGUUCAGGAAUUCCUGAACCUCAAGCCGGUGAUAACAGAAAAACAUUUCUACUUUAAUUCCACCAAAGGGUUCCCAUGCCUGCUCAAAUCUGAGAGCCGGUCAACUCCACACUGCCUUGGCAAAACCAAAGGUAGAAAUCAUCCCUACAUAGAUCCAGUAGCCUUAGAGAGACUGAGAGAAUUCUAUAGACCUCAUAAUGAGAGAUUUUAUGAACUAUCUGGUAUAAAUUUUGGUUGGCAGUAACUUAGUUUAGCUGAUAAAUAUAAAUUAGAAGAAUUCCGACUGAAAGUUAUGUAAAUUGGAAAAAAUCGUUAGUUAAAUAAUAUGUAAAUAUUAGUAUAGGCUAAUAAAAUAUUAGUACUGCUAUAGACUAUAGAGUAUAGAGCGAUGUGAUAAAUUGUCUAUGCCAUAAUAUGAUGAACUAUUUUAUCAUCAUAGUUUUAAGCCUAUUUCGGUACAUAUCUGAUCAUUAAGCCUAUGAAUGGUUGAUAAAUAAAAAAAAAAUUAUAUAAUUUUUUUUUUCACAUUUAAUGUCCAAGACUUUUAUACAUUUUCCAAAUCUAUAUUGAUUAAACAUUGAGACAUUUCAAACAUUCAUAUCUAACUGCUUAUAAAUGAUCCAAAGUAAGAAAGCACAUCUAUAAACGCUGCUGUCUACAUAGAAAUUGAUUAAUUGAUCAUUAUUAAUACACAAAAAGAUUGUUUUUGUAACACACUUAUAUAUUAAAAGUUGUAUAUUAAGUCGAGACAUUUAGUAAAACUGUAAACACUCAGUACAUAUCGAAUUGAACAAUACUUAAUAAUUAAGAUGCCUCCAAAGCUAUACUAACUACUAUACGGGGACAUCUCCACGUAACAUAAAUUGUCACAUACAGUGAAUAAUCUUACAUACUAAACACUUAUAUCAAACCUUAAUAAAAGAAACAAAAAAUAACAGAUUUAUAUAUAAUAUUUACGUUUUAAAAUAUUAAAAAAUAUAAAUGUUUCAUUUAAAUUAAAAUAGUCCUUUGAAAUAAAUAAUAUUUUUUAUUUUGAUAUAUAUGAAAAAGCUAACUCAUAUAAUAAGUUUUGUGCAAUAAUCGAUAUUUUAAAAAAAAAUUAUAAUUUUUUUUUUACUGUUCAUAACGGUAAUUUAUGAUUUUCUAACUGAAGACAUUAUAUACAAAUAGAUUUGAAAUAUUUUAACAUUUGACAAAUAUAUCAAAACAAAAAUUUACAUAUUAUUCUAAAGCAUUUUAAAUUGUAGUAUUUUUUAUAUAUUCUUAGGUUGGCAAUAUGUUGUUGUACAUGCAUGAUAUAUGAAAAAAGUUUUUCAUAUUACUUAUAAUAAAAAAAUGAACCGUUUCUGUUUGUGUUGUCAGAUGUGUCAGAUAGAAUGAUUUUUUUAAAUUAUCGGAAAACUCAGAAUUUAUAAUAAAAAAAAAUCUUUAUUAAGACAGUUUGGGAAUGAGUAGAUAGAAAAUGUAUGGAAUCAUAUGUACAUAGUAUAUCGAUAUAUUGUAACGUCAAAAAUGAAAAUGAUCUCACCUAGGAUGUACUAUAGUGACAAUAUUUGUAGUGUACUAGCUAACGAAUCAAUAGUAUACAUACAAUGACGUAUUUAUCAUAUCAUUUACUAUAGGAAAUGCACUAAACUCUAAGACACAUAGUCGCUUUAGAAAGGCUUUAAUAUAUUAUUAUUUCAUGUGUGCAGUACCAACACUGCAUCUUUUAUAAACACAAAUAUACAAUCAAGUAAU